AAAAUAGUGUUAGCAGGGUUGUUUCCUCUAUUUUGGCGGCAGUCGGGCCCAAAUUAAUCUUUGUUGAGUUACUGUAGAAUUUGUUUUGAAUAUAUUUGGUAUCGCACUAUAGUUAAAUCGUUUACACUAUGACUUCCACUAAUACAUUUCAAGGAAUGGAUGAAAGCGCCAGACCUAGCUCCAGAGUGCUGAGACCACCAGGUGGGGGUUCAAGCAGUAUCUUUGGAGCAACAGAUGCCCCUCAGACGACUGUAAAAGCACAAAAGAUGACAUCUAAUAUCUUUGGAUCUCCUGAAGAGCGUCGCGAAUUGCCCAAAAAGUCAAAUCCUCCAGAAAUUGUACAGGAGAAAACUGAGCCUUCUCCAGCUAAAGCAAACGCCAGAGAGACCCAUGCACCUACUGUGGAUGACCAUGAACCUAGGCUAGGUCCACGUCCAAGAUCGCACAAUAAAGUCAUUCACCCCCCUGGUGGCAAAUCAAGUGUUGCAUUCUACUGAAAAACAUUUUGAAGUGCCUUGACAGAUCUGGUGAAGAAACUGCUACUUUGUGUUCUUUCUUUCUUCUCCUGUUUAAAUGUAGGAACUGUAAAAUGAGUCAUUAUAAAAGUGCAUCUGUUUUUGAGACGGAAUGAAAUGCAUAGAGUAGAUCUUUUUCUGGAAGCUUGACAAGUAAGUGCACUUGGCUUUGGCAGAAUAUUAGGUAAACAGCUCUGUGUUGCAGACCAGAUUUUGAGCUUUUUUGCCUUUUGAUAGUUAAGUGGGGAUGAGUCCAUGUGUUGGAGAAUGGGUUCCUUGAACUGCUGGUAGCCUCUACUAGAUGGCUUUGAAUUGUAUCUUGAGAACUGACAGUGGCAUAUUGCUGGUAUUGUAUAGUAUGCACUGAUUCUAUAUAGCAGCAGAACAAUGUGGAUUUUAAGAAAAAUGGGUUUGUAUGUUUCCAUGUAGGUCAGUGUAGGGUAUAAUCUCCUAAUAAAUUGAGUUCUUGCUGAUCAGUCCAGAACAGUGCAUAUUUUUAAGCUAAAGAAGGUGGGUGUUUAUCUUUUCUACUAAGGUGGCAGUAUUUACUACAGUAUGGUUCUGCUGACCAACUUUUAAUGCAUAUCUGCAUACUAUAAUUUGACGUUGGUCAGACUUAACUUAUAUUUUAUGCACAGCAGUAAACCAGGGUACAUUUUCCAUUUUUUUUUAAAUAUGAUUUUGUAUACGGUUGUACAUUUUAUAAAGCAGUCCAAGAUGUAUUGUCUUUAUGUCUGAAAUGAAACCUCCUUUUGCUUUAUGGGAAAGCAAGUUGGAAAUUCAGAAUGUAAAAAAAUAAGCGUUCAUGAGCACUUCCUCUUACCUCUCAUCCCAUUCCCCAGCACACACCCCAUGCACACAUUUUUUAAGGAUUGAAAAGUUAUAUAAAAUAUCAAAAACAGAGACUUCUAUCUCAAAAAGCAUACUGAACCGAGAAGAUAGAUGCACAAGACGUGUUGGUGUAGAGAAGCGGUAACAUGCUGUUACAGUGACACUUUUUACAGCUUGGAUGGAUUAGCAUUACACCACUGACCCUUUACUGCUGAAUUUUACAGCUAAACAAAUAUUUUUUAUAUGUACCUCAGAGAGGUGUAAUUUUGCAUGACUGUUCCCACACUCAGAGGAAUAGCUUGUUUUUGUCAGUUCUGUGAUGUAUUAGAGUAAGCCUCUGUAGUGGUAGGAAUACAAUGCCUUGCAGGGUAACCAUUGUAAUACUGUGUGUGCAUGUAUGUACGGAGAUUUUUUCUUUUUCUUUUUGUUGUAUGUGCCAGUUUGUUACAGAAUUUGUUUUCAGUAUACAAGUGAGCAAUGGCUGGAAUACCACUUGUAAUGGUGCUGCACUGAAAGUGAAGUUACUUCAUCUUACUUUACUGAUGCUAUGUAUUCAGCAUCCCUUUCUUAGUAUUCUGUUUUUUGUUUAGCUUUGCCAUUUAAACUGUGAUUUAUUAAAGGCUAAGACCUGCUAAUACAGAAGAUAUUCUUGAAACAAAUUCCCCUUGUGGCUGCACUGAAUUUACUGACUUCAUUAUUAAAGUGUAGUUUUGAAGGGAAACUGCGUAAAAGUCACCAUUGCUUUUCUUUUAAAUCACAUUUCAUGCAAGUUAUUAAUGCCUGCCCCCCCCACCGCAAGCUUGUUCUGUUUCAUACAUGUAUACAAACACACACACACCACCCUCUUAAUCAUUUCUUAAAUGUGUUAACGUCUGUGCAUCUUUUUUCUUGAGGGUGCUACAGGUAGAUAGUUGAUUUAAAAAAAAAAAAAAAAAAAAAAAAACUGGUUCAGAAAAUAAUUGGUGAUAAUUCAGAGAUGGGCAUGUUAAUAUUUUUUUUCCAGUGUCUGUACUUUGGGAAAGACAAUCUUGGACCAGAAGUUAAUGUUAUCUAACUUGUAAAAAGUUGUUUUUGUGGUACUGUUAUGAUUAUACUUUAAUGAAGACUGGCAUUCAUUCAGCUGAACAGCUGCAUUUUCUUUCAAGUAUGUUGGUUUGCCUAAUUUCAUUAUUUUGUUAAUAUAUGUGUAGCUGGUCUAAAUGUGUUUAUCAUCUGAAAUUCAGAAUUUGAACUUGCUGUUAAUUAAAUUGUUUAAAUGUUGUACUAUCAUAUACGUAUUAUACACUUAUUCUUACACAGUGUAUUUUUAUACUGUUUUUUCCUACAUAGUUUGUGUGCCAGUCAUCUUGGAAGUAGCAAGAUCCUGUAGUGUGUAAACUAUUUUUUCCCUUAGUAAAUUGUAGAAACCAGCAGUUUAAUGUAACUUAUGAGACAAUAAAGCAUCGUACAGCUUA